AUGAAUCAACAUUUAAUGCAGCGUUACAUGUUUCUCAAUAAUCUUGUAAACAAUACCUCAUCAUCAAACGGUUUCAAUACAUCCGUUUCCGGGCAAAGUCCAGACGGAGCUUAUGGUCUCCUCCAAUGUUGGGAAGACGCAACCGUGGAGGAAUGCCUAAGCUAUUCACAAGAUGCAAAUACCACCAUUCGCCGGGUUUGUGGAAAUGCCCUAGGCGGUAGAAAAUGGCGAGAGAAGUGCUUCAUACGCUACCAGAAUUUUUCCUUCUUCGGAAUACUUGAUACACAGACAAGAGUUGCUUACAUGAUAGAUGAGGUCAAAGAUCAGCCAUACGUAUUUACUGCCGCAGUUCUCAAUCUUUUGACAAAUCUUUCAGGUGAAGCGUUUCGAUUCCCAAUUCGUUAUUCUUCUGGAUCAACAACCGCCUCUACAAAUUAUACGAUAUACGGUAUGGUUCAGUGUUGGAGAGAUUUGACUUCUGUUGAGGACUGCAAAUUUUGCUUAGCAAAUGCAAUCCGUAACCUGUUAGAUGCGACAGCGACCUCUACAGCUUUUGAGGGAGGAGCAGCCGGUUCGGGAAGUUGCUAUGCUCGUUACGAAACGUACCCAUUCUUCAAUCCUCCCCCUCCACAACUGCCUUUAUCGCCCCUGACACCGGAAAAAACUUCAGACAAAAAAGGUUUAGUUCUUGGUAUUGUAAGCGGCUUGUUGGUGAUUUUGAUGUUAUGCCUGUUUGCAAUCCGAAGAAAAUUUGGGUCUGCAGGAUUAUGGAUACCAGCCCUCUCGAGGAAAGAGAAACUAGAUAGCGAGGUGCACUCAGAGAUUGGGCAGGAGCAGAACAUAAAUUUUAGUUUGGAAAACAUCAAGAUUACAACCAGAAAUUUCCAUGAAGAUAACAAGCUUGGAGAGGGAGGAUUCGGCUCUGUAUACAAGGGUAUAAUGCCAAAUGGAGUACAAAUCGCAGUAAAGAAACUUUCUGUUCAAUCAACGCAAGGGAAAGAACAGUUUCUAAACGAGGUUAAGCUGGUCGCGAAAAUUCAACAUCGUAAUCUUGUGAAGUUACUUGGAUGUUGCGCAGAGGGAUCAGAACGGUUGCUUGUUUAUGAGCACUUGGUUAAUAAGAGUCUCGACAAAAUAGUAUUCCAUCCGCAACGAAGUAAACUGCUUGAUUGGCCAAAGCGUUUGAAGAUCAUACUUGGAGUAGCCCGUGGGCUUCUAUAUUUGCAUGAAGAUUCUCAUCUUCGGAUCAUUCAUCGGGAUAUCAAAGCACGCAAUAUUUUGCUCGAUGAGAAAAUGGAGCCAAAGAUAUCAGAUUUUGGCUUAGCAAGAUUGAUUGGUCAAGAUGAGAGUCAUGUUGAGACAAGGCUUGCAGGAACAUAUGGUUACAUGGCACCAGAAUAUGCUAUGUUAGGUCAACUAUCUUGUAAAGCUGAUGUGUAUAGCUUUGGAGUUGUUAUUUUAGAAAUUAUAUGUGGAAGAAAAAAUGCUGAUAAUAGAUUGUCCCCCCAAUUUCAAAGCUUGAUAGAAUGGGUAUGGAAAUCUUACAGGGGAGGAAAGAUUAUGGAUGUGAUUGACAAAGCAAUAAUGGAAAGCUUCUCUAAUGAACAAGUUUCAAGAUGCAUUAAUGUGGGUAGAUCCACUAUAGUGAUCUUCAAAUCCUUCGAAAAUCAGUUUUGA